UGCGGCGCUCUUCUUUGCCGCCGCUCCUCUCCCCGCGCUCUGCGAUACCUCCCGCCGUUCCCCCCUCCUCUCUCCGCGCUCUCCAAAGUCCAAACCCUUUCGUUCCCCCGCUCCCACACCCACCAGGAGAUUCCCCCAACAAUGGCGGAGGACGGCCUCAACGACUACGAGCGCCUUCGCCAGGAGAACAUCCGCCGCAACCAGGAAAAGCUCGCCCCCCUCCGCCGCAAGGCCGACGAGCUCUCCGCCGCCAUCCGGCUCGCCAAACCUAAGCGGCCGUAUCAGGCCAGGCCCAAGCCCACGGCCCCGACCGGCCCCGUCCGCUCCUCCGGCCGCGCCCGCGGCGUCGCCCCCGACAACCUCCCCCCGGAUCUCAGAAGCACCCGCCUCGCGCCCUCGCUCGCCUCCUCCAUCCUCGGGGUUCCCCCGCCGGAGGGGGCCAAGGUUCGUGCGGCGGGCGAUUUCGAUGCUGGGAGGGACAUGGUGCUGAUGCCCGCGCACGCGAGGAAGGUGAUGCCCUGUUGCAUAGUGUCGAUGCGGGUCCUUCCGCUCGCCGACCGGACCGUGGUGGCGGCGGGCGACAGAAUGGGGAAUAUUGGGUACUGGGACGUCGACGGUGUCUCGGAGGAUGCAGAUGGGGUGUUCCGUUAUUGGCCACACAAGGGCCCUGUGUUAGCAAUCGUGGCGCACCAGGCGGCACCACACAAGGUUUACAGCUCUAGCCAUCAGGGUGAUAUUUGUCUUAUGGACUUUGAGGAGGAAAAGUACAGUAUCAUCCAUUUAUGGGAGUGGCCUGUUUAUUCGCUUUGUCAAGCGCAAAAUAGUGUCGGAUGCCUAUAUUUUGGUGAUGGAAAAGGUGGCCUGACACUUUCUGAUGAGCGCGUGGGUAAGGUGUUAACUACAUGGGAUGUGCAUGAGGACAGAAUCAACUCAAUAGAUUUUCAUCCGGAGAAGCCACAUAUGCUUGCUACCAGUUCAACGGAUCGAACAGCCUGUAUAUGGGAUGUGAGAAAUAUAAAAACGAAGGAGCCAGAUAGCCUGAAGGUUUUCAAACUUAACAAUUCUGCUCAGUCAGCUUAUUUCUCACCUAGUGGCCGCAUGUUAGCAGUAACAAGCUCCAGCAUUUGUGGUACUGUCCAAGUAUUUAGCAUGGAUGACUUUGAAAAGUCGCAUACUGUGGAGUAUAAUGACCAGAAAGGCUGUUGGCCUUCUAAAUCCAAGGUUAUCUGGGGCUGGAACGACACCGACCUAUAUGCUGGAAACAGAAGCAAGGGAAUAGACAUUAUCUCAGUUGAUGUCAAUGACAGUGGCCUCUCGGUUCAGAACAGCUCAUGUCUUAGGAGUGAACACAUGACAUGCAUUCCACACCAGUUUUCUGCACACCCAUAUAAAGUUGGCUAUCUUGCCUGUUCAAGCUCCAGCAGCAAUGUCUUCCUUUGGACCAGAACUUAAAUCAAAAAGAUUUCUAGUAGCUGACUUGUGAAUUGUUCCUGGCUUUGUUAUUACUAAGUCAUGCUUGGAAGAUUAUUACCUAAUCUUCCUUUACGUCCUGCCCAAGAAAUGUAUAAUAUUUAGUACUCCCUCUGUCCCAGAAUGCAAUACGUUUUUUCAAGCUAUGUUAACAUGCAAAAACGUCUUGCAUUAUGGGACAGGGGGUAGUAAGUAUCAUUCUACCGUUUGAUAUUUAAGAUGGUGGAUCUGCUGAAUGUUGUGCUACGAGGAAUAGAAUCUCGUGACGCGGAUAUAAAACCGUAUUCACAGUGUUGUCACAGUACAUGUUAGUAUUAUUGCACAUGCAAAUACAAGUAUUGCUGAUCUCCUGCUAUGGCAGUGCUAUAA